UUUUCAAAAUCGCGGGCACAAAAAAUUCAAAAUUUCAAAAGCUAAAAUAAAAUAAAAUACCCCCACAUGGGGCCCACAGUCGGUAAUCCACUAAUCCCCAAAACCCUUUUCCCCAAUUUCCCCCCUUUCACUUUUGUUCUUGAACUCAUAAAAGCUGGCCCAAAAAUUUCAACAAUUUCGUCAGACGAAAGGAAAAUGGAGAAGGAAAAGGAAAAUGAAUCCAACAGCUCGGCUAUCCAACUGAAGGGAGUUCCCAUCCACGGCGGCGAGUUCACUCAGUACAACGUCCUCGGCAACCUCUUCGAAGUCCCCUCCAAGUACAUCCCUCCUAUUGCUCCCGUCGGCCGCGGCGCGUAUGGUCUCGUUUGCUCAGCUACGAAUGCUGAAACAAAGGAAGAGGUGGCGAUUAAGAGAAUCGCGAAUGCGUUUGAUAACAGGAUCGAUGCGAAAAGGACUCUGCGUGAAAUCAAGCUUCUUACGCACAUGGAUCACGAAAAUGUUAUUAAAAUCAAGGAUAUUAUACGGCCACCUGAUAAACAGGAUUUCAAUGACGUCUACAUUGCAUAUGAAUUAAUGGAUACUGAUUUGCACCAGAUUAUAUGCUCUACACAGGAACUCACCGAGGACCAUUGUCAAUAUUUCCUUUACCAGCUAUUACGAGGACUUAAAUACAUACAUUCCGCCGGUGUUCUGCACAGAGAUCUGAAGCCCAGCAAUUUACUUCUGAAUUCUAACUGUGACCUGAAGAUUUGCGACUUUGGACUUGCAAGAACCAACUCAGAGACAGAUUAUAUGACUGAGUAUGUUGUCACCCGAUGGUAUCGAGCUCCUGAAUUACUGCUCAACUGUUCAGAGUACACUGCAGCAAUUGAUAUGUGGUCGGUUGGUUGUAUACUCAUGGAGAUUAUUAAACGAGAGCCUCUUUUUCCCGGUAAAGACUAUGUUCAGCAGUUGGGCCUGAUAAACGAGCUACUGGGUUCGCCUGAAGAUUCCGACCUCGGAUUUUUAAGAAGCGAUAAUGCUCGGAAAUACGUAAAGCAGUUACCCGAUGCGCCCAAACAACAAUUUUCUCAAAAAUUCCCAGAUAUGUCCCCUGUUGCAAUAGAUCUUGCAGAGAGAAUGCUCGUCUUUGAUCCAGCUAAACGUAUUACUGUUGAGGAAGCACUGAAUCAUCCGUUUUUAUUGAGUCUUCACGAGAUCAAUGAGGAGCCCACUUGUCCGUCUCCCUUUGUGUUCGAUUUCGAACAAGCCUCGUUGAGCGAAGAAGAUAUAAAGGAGCUAAUAUGGAGGGAGUCUCUCAAUUUCAACCCGGAAUAGAUCUCGACUCCCCUGUUUUCUCGUUUAUUUUUGGCUGCUUUUUUUUUUUUUUUUUUUUCGGAGUGUAAAUAGAUGAUUUUGGUUUGUCAUGUGUGGUUUUAUGUGUUGUAAAACAUACAUUCAUAUAUAAUCUGUGGAUCAUAAUAUCAAGGGAACCAGGUAUAUGCUUUUCAGCCACAGUGUUGUAAUCCAUUUCACAUUUUUGUAUCUGUUAAAGAAUCUUUAAGUACAAGAUUAUUAAAGUGUUUUUAAAUUUUUU